AAAACAGAUUCGACCACUGACCCCCGUUCGUGUAGUAUUUCGGACGGACCGAUGGCCUUAUAGUCUGCACAUCCUCACCACCCGCUUUCUCUUGGCCCGAAACGUCCUCUGCCAUGGUAUCCCUGUGGCCUUUCAAGGGCGAGGCCUCCGCCGCUGAUUUUGAGAAGACUCUCUCGAACCUUGCGACGAAGAUUCAGAAGACCGGCGCCCGCAAUGACCGCCUACGGCAAAGCUCACGACGGAUGAAGGUGCUUUGGACGCUUUAUACAGGCUUCGCAUAUCUAAUCGCCGCUCUCAUAUUGACACUCGUGACGGGAUGGCAAAAUUGGACAGCUUACGAAGUCACCGGGCUCGCUGGGGCGCCAGUUUUAAUCUACGGCGUCCGCAAAGCCCUGACACUAUACUACGACUACCGCAUCCGCAGCACGCAAGAAUACCUAGACAGUCUCAACAAGGACCGCGACGCUACAAUCGAAAAGCUCAAGACCGCCACAAAAUACAAUUCCACUCAGCAGCUACUUGACAAAUACGGCUCCAGCUCUUCGCCAAAACAGCCUGGCAAACAGAAUCCACAGCAACAACAGCAGGGCAAACAGGACCCCCAACAAUCCCGCAGUUCGCAUCAACAACCCCAGCCUCAGCGCACAAACAUGCCCCCUCCCGCAACGGCGAACAUACCUCGCGGCCCACCAAACACAGCAAACAUCCCUCAAGGCCCGUCUCCCGCUCUCACCUCGCGCGCACUGGGACCCCCAGCAAGUCCUGUAGGCUCUACACCCCGAUUCCUUGCCGCCCAGUACUCCCCCGGCGCUGAAUUCGCACCAAACGCAUUCUCUACCCCAACACAGUAUACACAGGAACCACAAUGGUACGACCGCAUUCUCGACGUACUUCUCGGUGAAGAUGAGAAUAAGACCUCGAAUAGGCUUGCGAUGCUCUGUUCACAAUGCAGACUGGUCAAUGGGCUGGCGCCGCCGGGCGUGAAGCGUUUGGAGGAGCUUGGACGCUGGAAGUGCAGUGGGUGCGGAGCAUGGAAUGGCGUGGAAAACGAGGCAAAGAAACUUGUGGAACAGAUUGCUUCUGCAGCGCCGGUACUGGGAGAUGAUCACGUAGAAGAGGAGGUGCAUGAGCCAGAAAGGUCGCGAUCGAACAGCCCAGAGUUGGUCGGUGUUGAUGAGACGAAGUCGCCUGCACAGUCGACGAGAAGUAGACGAAAGAAAUAAGGGCAAUUUGCAAGCUCCAUAUCCAAAAAACCCAUACCAUAUCCACAAAUUGUUGUACAUCCUUUCAACACCAGAUGUCCUGACCAGGUGCCUGGUUUAACAAUGAUAACAACUUCAGCAG